AUGAAGCGCCUCUAUGUUAUUAAAGGCGCUGGCAAUGCGGUCGCAAAUCAAAAAUCAAACCUCGCGCGCACAUCACGCUUACUCUCAACUUCUGCUCCACGGACUGCUCUAAAGCUGACACCGCAACGAGCUCUCCCACUUACACGAACAACGACAUCAACGAUUCGAGCUUCAAAACACCCCUCACGAAAUGCAUCGUCGGCCUCUUCCUCUACAGAGCUGCAAAAGACCCCUCUAUACGAUCUCCACGUCGCCAAUGGCGGGAAAAUGGUUCCUUUUGGCGGUUUCCACAUGCCUGUCCAAUACAGCUCUUUGAGCGUCAGCGCAUCCCACCACUUCACACGAUCUCACGCCUCCCUCUUCGAUGUAAGCCACAUGGUUCAGCAUAGAUUCUCUGGGCCUGGAGCUACUGCGUUUCUCGAAAAGGUAACACCGGCUGGGUUAUCAGAGUUGGAAGUACACAGAAGCGGAUUAAGCACCUUGCUUCUGCCAUUCACGGGAGGCAUCGUGGAUGAUACCAUUGUUACAAGAUUGGGCCCGGAACUGUUUUAUGUGGUUACCAAUGCGGGAUGUAGGGAGAAGGAUCUUGCAUAUUUCAAGGAGCAGUUAGCAGAUUUUGCGAAGGAUGGCGGUGAGAAGGUCGAGUGGGAAGUUUUGGAUGGCUGGGGCUUGAUUGCGUUACAAGGACCUUUGAGCGCGGAAGUUCUGACCGAGAUCUUGGUCGACCGAGAGGCAACUCAACUCCACGAAAUGUACUUUGGGCAAUCCAAAUUCAUCCAAGUCAACCUCCUCGACGGCACAACCUCAAGUCCCCUCCUCAUAAGUCGAGGAGGCUACACCGGCGAAGACGGUUUCGAGAUCUCCAUCCCCGCCUCCGAAACAACCGCCGUCACCAACUCCCUCCUCCAAACCGCCACCCCCGAGAAGUUACAACUCGCCGGCCUCGGCGCCCGAGACAGUCUCCGCCUCGAAGCCGGAAUGUGUCUCUACGGCCACGAUCUUGAUGAGAACACCACCCCCGUCGAAGCAGCUCUCAGCUGGGUAAUCGGCAAAUCGCGGCGCGCAACGGGUGGUUUCCACGGCGACUCCGUGAUCCUCAGCCAACUGAAGCCGAAAAGCAAAGGCGGAGCAGGUGUGGAGCGGCGGCGGAUCGGUCUCAUCGUCGAGGGCGCCCCUGCUCGAGAAGGCGCCGAGAUUGUAAACGCUGAUGGCGAGAAGAUCGGGGUCGUGACGAGUGGAUGUCCGAGUCCGACGUUGGGGAAGAAUAUCGCGAUGGGGUAUAUCAAGGAUGGAUUUCAUAAGGCCGGGACGGAUGUUGAAGUUGUGGUUAGGGGGAAGAGACGCAAGGCGCAAGUCUCUAAGAUGCCUUUUGUGCCGAGUAAGUAUUGGAAGGGUAUGGCUCCUUCGUAG